UUGCGUUCAGCGCCCUGGCCAUCCUGGCCAUCAAUUCAAAGUGAUUUUCAGUUAUGCUGGUAUUGAACAUCUAAACGAUUAUAAACGGUUACAUGUAUUCGACGAACGCUGAAUCGUUGCUACGAGAUUGUACGAGAUGCCGGAUCUUAAAGAACAGUAUAAAGCUCCACGUUCAGGAUUUGGCGACACGGAUCACAGCAGAUAUCUCCGUACUUGCAACUACAAUAAAUCUCGCAAGGAGGCCAGAACACGAACUUUUAACAGAAAUCGCAAUUUGCGAAAUGAUUUGACACCAACGAGCCCACAGCGCGGAAAAAUAAAGAUAAAAGUCACAUCUACCAUUACUGAUGAACGCAUGAAAAAAUUAAUAAAAUGGAAAGAGGAACGCAACAGAAAGAAGAAUCUAGAAGCUGCAAUGAAAAAACCAGUUUUCAAAGUUGGUAUUGUUCAUCAUCCUUUAUGUUCUUCGAUGAUUAAGAGUGGCGUAACAACUGCAGAAACAUCAAACAAACCAACAGAAAAUUCAAACAAUCUGAAGAAACGAAUUACAAGAGCUACAGAAAAACGAUUACUUGCCAGAGCUGCUCAGCAAACGAAGAUGUCUCUAUUUGAUCUUGUACCAAUGAAAGAAACGACACAAGGGAAAUAUCCAUUAUUACAUAUACAAACUUCUGAUAUUACAGAGAUUUUCAAACCUACACAUCCAAAAUUAUCAUUAAAUAAACAAAAAUCACGGAAAUUAAGUGACUCGAUUAUUCGAGAUUCAGACGAAUUAAAUGUAAUUGAAACAACAGGAAUGUCAUUAAAGGAACAGGCAAGGAAGCAAACAAAUGCACAAGAUUUCUUACACGAAGAAAAUUUUUUAUUAAACAGUACUAAUAUAAAAACGCCACCAAAAAAUUCUCCAACACUGUUUGAGAAAGAAAAUUGUAAUAUGGAAGAUCUCAUUAGCUUUUCGCCAUAUCUCACACGAAGUCGUGGCAAGAGAAAUUCUAGAAAAGAGGGACAGCAACGAUUAGGUAUUAGUCGUCCAUCUGAUGAAAUUCCAACCAAAGAAACUGUUAUGAAAAAUUUAAACAUAUGCGUGGAAGAGGAGAAACGUACUGCUCAGUAUUUCAAGCUUCUUGUGAAUAAAGAAACGAAUAGACUUACGGAACUUUGUAAGAAAUGGUUAAAUAUAAGAAUAACGAAGGAUGUUCCAGAGGACGCUAUGUAUGAAAUACAACAAGCGGUGGGACAAACAAAUUUAUUAAUAAAUAAAAAAUUCGAAAGAUUUCGUGGCUUAGUACAAGAUUGCGAAACUGGUAGAGGAGAAAUGCUGGUUACAUGCAGAGAUUUGCAAGGAUUUUGGGAUAUGACAUAUAUGGAAGUCAAAGAUUGUGAUAUGCGAUUUGAGAAGUUAGAGCAACGUCAAAACAGAGAAUGGCAGGAAGAAGAAUAUACUACAGUUAUCAAACCUACUGUUAAAAAACGAAUGCCUAUUAAAAAACAAACUGUAUCAUCAAAACCAAGUUCAUUACGAUCGUUAAUACUAGCUGCCAGAAAAAACAAAAUGAAAGCAGGAACAUUAAGUAAAAAAAUUAUUUUGCCGCAAGAUACACGUGAAAAUACCAAUACUAGACAUAGCAUAAGAUCUAAAUCCUAUGAUCUUAACGAGAGAAAAUCAACUCUUGUUCAACGCGAAAGCUCUAAAAUAAAUUUAGUACAGAAAGUGCAGUAUUCUGACAAAACUAAAAGAAUGAAAAGUCCAUUUGCAACUAUCAAAAUAAGUCAAAUGUGUAAGACACCCGAAAUACAAUUAGAUGACACAAUAUCGUAUAUUAAUUCUGAUCAAACGCCGGGCAAAAGUAUAUUAAAGAAAUCAGAAGAAUUAGAAAAUAAGGAAGCUCGCAUAAAGUCUGCACAUAAAGUCAAUUUUGAUGAUCAAGUAAUUCUUAAUGAAGUCCCUCUUUAUAAAGAAAUGCAGACUAAAUUAAAUUUAGCUGCUGCAUUAAAUAGAAUCGACAUUUUCGACGAUUUAGAUAAAAUAAAUCCUUUAAUAUCGUCACCCAUUAAUGCUGAAAAAAGAUUAGACUUUGAAAUUGAAGAUUCUGAUAGUAGAGAGGGCAAAAUAGCUAUUACUGCUGAAAUAAUUUCUAAAAACAUGGAAGAUCUUAAUUUAGAAAUGAAAGUCCUUAGAAAUAGAACUAUCCUGGCAAAUAAUACUCCUAGAAGUAGUAGAACUAGUAAAAUGACAAAUAAUAAGGAUGAAAAUGAGAGCCCUGUGAAGUUAAGGAAGAAAAGUUCAUUAAAAUUACUACCAAGAAACGAAAAUGAACAUAUGACAUCAAAUAAAAACGAUACAAUACAGAUAGAAAAUGUAAUAUUGACAGACAAUACUACUAAGAGAAGAUCACUUCGAAAUGUUGCGUUCGAUGAAACUUGUGUGGCAUGUACCGAAAAUAAAACAAUGCUACCUAUGACUCCAUAUUCAAAACGUCGUAGCAAAACUCCCUCAAGACAGAAUCGGAACAAAUCGAUCGAUAUAUUUAGUGAAGAUCUUAUAUCUUGGAAUACGCCUGAUAAAAAAUAUUGUAAGUUUUAA